AUGUGCGGGCUUGCAGAGUCUCUCAACUCUUCUGCAGGCAGCGAUGGAAACCCCCGGCUUCAAGCGGAGGAGUUAGACCCCACGCGCCCCCGGACCCCAAUCCCCGCGCUCGCCAUGGCUGGCGCCGAGGUCCUGAUGCUACUCCUGCUGCUGUACCCCGGGCUGUUGCCGCUUGCCACGGCCGCCCGUGGGGACCCGUUCGCUCAGCAUCUGGGCCCCACCAGCUCGUGCCAGCUGCAGUGCAGCCUCUGGAUUCCUCACGCGGGGGCGGCAGUGCAGGAGGAGCUGCGGGACGCCUGCGCCCGGGGCUGCCGCCUCUUCGCCAUCUGUCGCUUUGUGACGGGCAGCUCCGAGGCCAACGUCACCCUGGGCGAGUGCAGAGCAGCCUGUCUGCAGGCCUAUGACCAGGCUCUAGAACAGUGGGCAUGCACUGAAGGAUGCUUGAGGCAGGUGCCUGAAUCGAUGAGACCUUCAUUUCCACCUCUACCUACACCUUCACCUUCACCUCCACCUGAGUACCAUGAGAGACAGAGACCAGUGCGUCCACCUGACGCCAUUUCAGUGAUGGAUGUUUUAUUCAAUCUGUGUAAUAAGUUGAUCAGCUCAGCCCAAAGCUUCAUCUCCUCCACUUGGACCUAUUAUCUACAGGCAGACAAUGGGAAAAUGGUAGUUUUCCAGUCACAGCCUGAGAUGGAAGCACCCAUGCCAGAAGCAACUCCAAACCGUGCUGAGAUGACCUCCUCAGUGGAUCUCCAUUCAGGUCCUAAAGAGAAAAAAGUGAAGACUAAAGGCAAAAUGACCCAGGAGACCUCCACCGGAUCCCAGACAGAGCACAACUUCCUGGGCUGCAUGUCCAAGCGCUCUGGACUGCCCAAGUGGAUCCUGGCCUCCUGCCUCCUCUUUUCUGUGCUUGUCAUGCUGUGGCUCAGCUGUGCCAGUCUCGUGACUGCGCCAGACCAGCACAUCCGGAACCAGCCACUGAGCAUCUCUGGGGACAAGAAUUACCUGGAUGACCUGGAGUGGCCCUUGGCUCCAGCUCCUGCCUCCAUGGUAGCCAUGGAGCCCCGGGAAGCUGGCUUCUUGCCCCUAAAGGUGGAGAUGGACCGUACAGCUCUGUAAAUCCCAGAGCACCCUGGAGUUGGAGUUGUCCCUUUCUGCAAAACUCAACCCACAGACACCUCAGUGAUAAGGGAAGAGGGAGAGAUUCAGGAGUCCCUCCCCUCAACAGCUCCCCGCAACUUUGCUGCCAGUCCCUCUAGGCCUGGAAAAGUCCCCCUACUGGACCCCAAGGAACAAUCCCCAAAUAGUCCCCCUCUUUUCCAGUGCUUGUUGUCCAGGGAUGUGUGGGUAUGAAUAGGGUAGGGUGUGAUUUGAUCCGAGUUGGGAUAGGGCUGGAAGAAGGUCUUGGCUUCCUUUUCCUCCCCUCCCCUUCCUUCCCUUCCCCCUUUACUCAUCCCACAUUACUCCCAGUCCAGUAUAGCUCAGCAUGUGAGUUUUGGCCCACCCUUCAUCCCCUUCCCACCUCUAGCCGCUCACCCCAAGGGCAUCUGGACCCAGUUGAAGCUGAUUUCUCUUCCUAUUCCCUUCUCCUUUCCCGCCACCCUAGAUUAAUUUAUUCUUGAUUUUGUAACUUGUGAUUCUCGGCCCCUUCUGACUCAUUUUCCUCUGUGUUCUCUUGGGCUAGGCUUAGUUGGGGGAGGGGACAAGUUUUCUUGGGAACCCCCUCCACCCCACCUCCCUGUCUCCACCAUUCAGUGACACUGGGCAGCUUGAGGCUGGCAGUGGGUGGGGGCAGUUGCUGGGGUGAGAGGAAUAAUAGGGAAUGAAUAAAAUCUUUAUAACUGAUA